AUGCCGACCCAGAUGAAGGUAAAACCCAUGAAGUCUAAGAACGCUAUCAAUCCAAAGGUCUCAACCGAUACCCAGUUGAUGACCUCUUCUCAAAGUCUCAAUGUGGUCAAAACUCUGAUUCAAACAGGUAUCGGUGUAAUAACCUAUCUCAGAGGAAUCUUUCCGGAGGAAUGUUUCACCGACGAUAGGAUUGGCCCAGAUCGUUCUGAAACGUACGAUGAGGCUACUGAAGGUCAGAAGAAACCAGGGCGCGAAGGGCGCGGCUAUAUUAGAGUGAAGCACAUCAACCGCGGUGCUUCAAAAGAGAGCGAUAAAGUAUUGGAUUACCUCGAUGAGGGAGCGAUGGACGCUAUUCAGCGCGGUUAUCUUCGCCAAUUGCUGUUUGCCAUGUACUUGGACCCUGAUAAGCCUCGAGACGUGAUUGAAUGCUACACGUUCAAUAUUACCUACUCCAAAAGUAAAGAUCGUGAAGGUGAAUUGGUGCCUGAGCUAGAAGUGAGAGAUCAACUCCGAGAGCUAUCUUUGGGAGGUAAGAUCUCAAUACUUAACGAAAAUGAUCCCCAACAAUCUCGAAAAACUUGUGGGAUGGUCAAAAGACAGGUUCAAGCCUUGAUCAAGAACUUGAUAUGCUCCACCCAAAGCUUGUCAGAUAUACAUGGUCGACGCUUCCUAACUUUCAAGUUGCAUUACAAUGAUCAAACACCAUUAGAUUACGAACCACCUCAUUUUACCGCGGGCGAUGUGGAACUUGAUCGAUUUACCUUCGGUACCUCAGGAGUAGAGGAAGUCCCAAGUGCUACGGAGAUGGGAAGGAUCGAUACCGGGUUUCACGCGGUUCGAGUAGCAUUGGCAACUAUUUCGGGAUAUUUGCCCGAAUCUAAUGCCUCCGAUUCCAAAGCUCUUCCGAAGGGCAAAUCUCCACUUGAGCUUCGUGAAAUUGAGCUCAACAAAAUUAGGGAAGAGGCUAAAGAGCGAGAAGUUGUUUGGGAUACGGAGAAGGUUUUAGCUCCUUCCCCUCCUAUGACGCCCAACGGAUUCAAUAAAGCAGACGAACAAUCUAUAAUCGAGCCGAUCGGAAGGCGUGAUCACGAUGGUCGUCUCGUCCCGUUGCCCCGCCAGGAUGACAACGCGAAUGAGACUGAAAACGGUGCUAUUAAGAUCUUGAAAAGAAAAGCUACUCCUGAAUCCAACGUGAUUCCAGAAAGUGAUCCGAUGUUGAAUUCUACUCAAACCGAAAUCCAGAGCCAGUCUACUCCUGAGAAGGCAAUUUCGAGCUCGAAACCAGGUAAUAAUAAUUCCGCAGAUACUACGGAUGAUCCUAUCCUUGAAGCAAGCAUUUCAACCCAAAUCGUAAACACCACUCACUUGAAAGAAAACGUCGAAUCGCUCCCCGAUGCGUUCGAUCCCAUCGAAUCCUUUCCUUCAAGCAGUGGAACACAAUUGAAAUCUAAAGGUUUGCCUCCUCUUUCCGCUGCGGGGAAAUCAAGACCUAAAGAAAAAAAGGACUUGGAACGAAAGACGGAUGAUGGGAUUCGAAAGACCGAUUCAAAUAAAAAGAUAAAAUCAUCGCAUACUAAAUGGCCCCCUAGCUCUAACAAGAGUGACAUAUGCGAAUGUAGAGACGCAAAUGAUGACCAAGACAUGAUUAAUUGCGAGAUUUGUAAACGAUGGAGACACUUGAAUUGCUAUGGUUAUACUUCAGAAAAAGAUCCGAGGAUUCCAGAAUUCUUUACUUGUUAUCGUUGUCGCAUUCACAAAGGGAUGGGCCUUGAGGAAAUAUGGAACAGGGAAGAUGACAUUAAUAUUGCGCUGGAAGGACUAAGAGGGCUGUGCAUUUUCCGUCGAACUCUACAAAUCAUUUAUCAAGAAGGGCUACCGGCCGUCAUGAAGGAUCUCGCUCUUCGCCUAGAGGUGGACUUGUCGACCGUUUCCCAAAUCAAACAUCGAUUGGAAAACGAAAAUUUCAUUUGCCCAAAAUCCAACAAGCGUUCAAACAGCUCGGGGCUUUUGGAAUCCGAAAGGAAGGGUUCGAGCAAGCCCAAUCAAUCGAAGAGAUGGAUCAAGCAUAUGAUAGUCAAUGAAUCAUAUGAGCAAAAGAAGCUACGUGACACGCUUUACUUCACGCCAGGGACCGGCACGGAGGCGAAGCUGUUAGCAAAAUUUGAGAACAGUGCAAAGGAAAUUGAUGCAGAUGAGCAGAUGAAUCGCGGUGAGGAUCAGUGUAUGGAUUCUGGAUCCAUCUCGAGUCCGGCGUCUACACCCUUGAGUUCAGUAGCCGCAGGCGGCAGAAGUAAAAAUGUAGCCACACCUCAAAAGCAGGUGAUUGGUACAAGUUCACCAAUGAAUCUCACUCCCGGAGACAUCGAUCAAUCUACUCAGCCUGCUGUGGAAGACGUGACGAUGCAGGAUGCGAGGCCAUCCCACCCAGAAGAGGUAGAUAUGGCAUUGAGGCUCGCCAAGAGUAAAGUUUCUAUUGGGGUGGAGGAAGUCGAAGUACUUGGAGUAACAUGGGAUGAUUGUGAUGAAUAACCGCAAAUUAACUUUCCUCCGACUCAACGCAAACCCAGGCUAUUUUAGUCCUGUGCACCGGUGUGUUGCGUUGUAACGCCCAUGAACAAUUGUUUGAUCAAGAAAAUGUGUAAAUAAGUAACAAGUUGUAGUUAAACAUGUAUUGAUAACACAGGUGGGCGAUGAAGUGUUAUCAGACCGGGAGGGGGUAGCCGUGCGGGAUGUGUUUGGUGAGGUCUGGGGGCGAUCGGUUCUGGUCCAUGGAUAGGCAG